UACAUCCUUGGGCGACGUUGGGCGGCUACUGGCCGAUGGGAUGCAUCUACCGGUGGGUUCCGUGGGCUGCGGGGAGAAUUACGGCACCGUUGGAUCCCACGAAGGCGCCGGCCCGUGCGGUCCCUCCCUGGCGCCGCUGCAAGGUGUAAACAGCAGGUACCACCAGGUAGACGACGCCGACGCCGGAGGUGGAGGCGGCGAGAUGAGCGAGAGUGCCGCCGUCGGCGAACUAUGGUGGACCGAAAGACUCGUCGGCGAAGCGCAGGCCGAACAUCCUGGAGAACUGGUCAGGACAGGAUCGCCGUACUUUUUAUGCAGUCAACUGCCAACUCAUUGGCGGUCCAACAAGACGCUUCCAGUGGCGUUCAAAGUAGUUGCUCUUGGCGAAGUUGGCGACGGAACUCUGGUGACGGUCCGCGCGGGCAAUGACGAGAACUGUUGCGCGGAACUGCGAAACUCCACCGCGUUGAUGAAGAAUCAAGUCGCCAAGUUCAACGACCUUAGGUUCGUCGGUAGGAGCGGUAGAGGAAAGAGUUUCAGCAUCACCAUUACCGUGUCGACAACGCCGCCCCAAGUGGCGACCUACACGAGGGCGAUUAAAGUAACCGUCGAUGGACCACGGGAGCCGCGAUCGAAAACGAGGCAGCAACAUCAGCAAUUCCGUGCGCUCGGCCUAGGACAAAGACCUUUCCUCGACGCGCCGACCUCAUUCAGGUCUCAUCUGCGAGAACUCGAAUCUUUCGGGAGGAAUAAGCAUCACCAUCAUCACAGUGGCAGUCACUUACACGACCAGCAGACCGGCAACAAUGUCACCGCGAAUUCGGUUAGCGGUGCCUGCACCAACCCCAACAACACCGACCCGACCGCAUCGCCGGCUUCCAGUACACACCUCGGGGCUACCGGCGGCUCCUCUGCUCAUCAGGAUUGCUACAAACGCAGUCCUCAACACGGCGAUACGGGUGUAGGUACCACGGAAUGGACUUAUCCAUCUACAGCGCCGACUUAUCCGGCUCCUCCAGUCAGCAGCAGCGGGUCCUAUUCCCCUUUACCAGGCGGUGCGUUCUCGUAUCCAGGAGAAUCAUUGUCGCAUCAUCCGACGACGGAACCGGUACCAUUGCCAACCGUACUUUCUUCGGAGAAUCAGCAGGAUACCUAUACGCCGAACUGCGUGUCCAUGUACUCGGGACACGGCACUUCGCCGACCACCUCCUUGCCGCUGGUGCCGACCAGGCCGAGCGACCCUGACAUCUUCGCCGGCAGUGGUACGGGCAAUGCCGGCAGUCCCGGUUAUCACUACGGUUCCUGGACACCUGGCCCGGCCACUCCGGUCCCGGUGGCCUCCCACAAUUACAAUCCCAAUUAUCAAGGUUACUACAACAAUCCGAGUCAGAAUUACAUCACAGGUCCGACGCCUAUGGUCCUCUAUCCUCAGCUCUACAGCACCGUUAAUCAGAAUCAGAUUCAUUUACACCUGCAUGGCGAUCUGAGCGAGGAACAGGUCACCAUAGCGGGCGGCAAUCUCACCAUCAGCAGCAUCCGAGAGAUCGGCGUGCUCGGGGAGGAGAGCGAGCAAAGAAACGAUGUAUGGAGACCAUACUAAGAGAAGAAGAGGUAUCUACCGAUAUGAUUAUACAAAAUCGUCAGCGACAUUAUCGUGCGUGAAUUUUUAAUACGCGAGUUUCUGAUUGUGGCAAUAUAAUCUCUGAUUAGUGCAGUGACGACAUAUAAAUAUCGACGAAGAAAGAUAGCAGGAUGUACGAUGAAUACUUUUUGGGAGGAAAAACGUGCGCGAGACACUCCAUCAUUUGCUGUCAGCCAACUCCUUCGAACAUUCGCAACCAUCCGUGCGAGUUGUCGCAACUGUGAGAACUCAGUUGGAAUAAGCGAUAUCCGGUGUUUCGUAAGUAAGUGAUCGCGUAUGAAAGUGAAAAUUAUUGACUCGUUCACGUCGAAUAUGUGAGAUAAAGUAGAGAAACUUUGGUUAAAAAAAAAUAAAAUGCACAACUUAUGAAAAAUCAACGAGAAAAUCAACGGGUUAGAUCUCGAAUUUCUUUCGACUCAUCUCGAUUAAUCGAAAUGUGAGACUAAUCAGUGACUAUUCGCUCGUUUUCGAUAUAAAAUUGAGCCGUGAGAAUACCGUUUGAUUCUUGAUAUUAGUCAAACGCUGUAACGUUGUAAAUACACAAAUAUUUUCAGAAAUGAAAUAAAGUCUUGCCCGAUAGGUUCC